AAUGGCACUAUCAACUAGAAUUUCACCACUACCAUUUGAUUCAAAGAUGUCUCUGAAAUACUUUUUACUAGUGUUACUAGCAAUGGUGGCACUCGCCACUCCCUCAUUUGGUGAUUACCCUAAGCCACCCCCUCAUGAGCCCAAACCACCGACGUAUAUGCCUCCUAAGGGAGGUGAGAAACCACUACCGGAGCACAAACCACCCAUGGGUGAGCCACCCAAGGGAGGAGAGAAACCACCAAUGGGUGAGCCACAGCCACCCAAAGGAGGUGAGAAACCACCACCAGAGCACAAACCACCAAUGGGCAUGCCACCCAAGGGAGAAGAAAAGCCACCAAAAAUGGGAGAGAAGCCACCACCGGAGAAGAAGCCACCGACUCAAGGCCAUUACCCCGGACACAAUCUGAUGGAAAAUGUUCAAGACUUUGGAAAGCCACCACGAAAGGUGAUGCCUCCGAUGUCGGGCCCAUCAAAGAAGCCAUAUGGCCCUCACAAGCCUAAAUCACCACCCCAUUCCAAUUGAGUGUGUUGUACUACUACUCAUGUAGAAAUAAGAGCCAUUACCGGCUCAUCUAAAUGAUGAUUAUAAGUCAGGUGCCACUGUAUGAGCAUCACUACUAGGUGCAAUUGUCAUGUUUUUAGAGCCGCCAUUGUAACAUUCCUGGUCUGCGCUUGUAGCACCGCAGAGAUGGUUAUCAGGUUAUGUAUUGCAUUCUCUUAGUAUUCUAUUGAAGCAAUGUUGCGGAAUAUAAGAUUAAAGGUUGAAGAGGGCAGAAAA